AUGUUGCAUGUUGAAAGGUUUAGAUUUAUAUAUCUUAGGAGAGUUGUUGGGAUAAGGUCUAUGUCAACUAUUAAAUGGAACGAAUCGGAGAUUCUUGUUGAUCGAAAAUCUAAGUUCCAAGCUAGAUGCUGCAAAAUCACGACGCAAGCAGAUAUAGCAAACAUUCUUGAGCAGCUGGUGCAGGAGAAUAAGGCUAUUCAAAAGGCAACACAUAAGCACAUGUAUGCUUGGAGAACAGCAGAUGUUGCACAUGAAAAGGAAAAUGGAAAUAACUUGAAAAAGGGUAAGAAAAGUUCUUCAACUAAAGUCGCCCCAGUUUUGAAAAACGUGCAACAAGGUUCUAGUGAUUGUGGUGAAUCUGGAGCCGGCCAAAGGCUUCUCACAUUAUUAGAAAGAAGUCAUGUCGUUAAUGUUCUUGUAAUAGUAACAAGAUGGUAUGGCGGGACUGCACUUGGGCCUGCAAGGUUUAGGCACAUCACGACCACUGCUGUUGAAAGUCUAAGAAAUGCAGGAUUCUUAACGUAA